UAUUCAGAAGGUGUUUCCAGAUGUUUCUCAAAAUUACAGAAACCAUGAUUGGUUGAGCGAACGAGCUAUACUGGCUGCAAAAAACAUAGAUGUAAAUGAAUUAAAUUUCAAAAUUCAAGAACAAAUUACAGGCGAAUUGAUGAUAUAUAAAUCAGUUGAUUCGGCUACUAAUCAAGAUGAUGUAGUCAACUAUCCACCGGAAUUUUUAAACUCGCUGGAUUUGCCAGGAUUGCCACCUCACAAUCUUCAAUUAAAGGUUGGAUCGGUGGUUAUAAUGUUGCGAAAUAUCAACCAACCGCGUCUUUGCAACGGUACACGGUUAGCGAUAAAAAAAUUACUAAACAAUGUGAUAGAAGCAACUAUACUCAAAGGAAAGUAUAAAGGAGAAGAUGUUCUCAUACCGCGCAUCCCAAUGAUUCCGACUGAUGUGCCAUUUGAGUUUAAACGACUACAGUUUCCAGUGCGUCUUGCUUUUGCUAUGACUAUAAACAAGUCCCAGGGGCAAUCAUUAAGUGUUUGUGGUAUUAAUCUAGAAAACCCAUGUUUCUCACAUGGUCAAUUGUAUGUUGCCUGUUCCCGUGUUGGAAAACCAUCAGAUUUGUUUAUCUAUGCGCCAGGUAAUCAAACAAGAAACAUCGUAUACCACAAAGUACUACAAUGAUAAUAAUAAUAAUUAUGAUUCACAUGAUUAACAAUAA